AAGACCCUUUUUUAAAAGUACUUUUUACCUAAGCCUGAUGGCUGCUUGUGCCAUCAGGCUUAGAUGGAAACCCUGAAAAGAGUUUCCAUCUGUCACUUGUAGUGACUAGCAAUCAGAGUUCUGUUUGAAUUUUGCCACUGGUUUUUGAAUAAACUAUUUAAUUCAACCACUGGGGAGGUUUUUGGCAUGAACAGCUUGUUUUAACGUCAUACCACAACAUCUCAGUCAAACUUAGACUCCAAAACCUUUGUUCCAGUCAGUACUCGUACGUUACAACGCUGUUCAAGAAUGGACUCAGCAGGUUCAGACUCCUUUGUUUAAUGUCUCGGAUGCUCAGUGGAUACAAAUCCACCGACAGCAGUGUAGGUGUAGGUGUCUCUUGGCUGCGCCCUUUAUGCUGGAAUCUUUCAAAAUUGGUCAGGGGCCAGGUUUAGCUUUCAGAGGGGUUAGUUACACUUUUAAAAGCCAGAGGCCAAUUUCAAGGAAUCAAAUUGCAAUUUUAUAGCAACUGAAGGUAACAUAGUUACUUGAUUCUACUAUAAAGUGGAACUAUUUGCCUGGAAAAUGCAUGAGGCAGCUCCUUUAAAGUAUUAGAUUUGAUUUUGUAUCCAGGGGCACCCUAAAGAAAAACAAAGAAAGCUUCUCAUGCACACUAGAUAACUUCUCAUGCACAAGAGAAAUUAUCAGGUGAGUACAACGUUUGUUUUAAAAAAAAUUUCCUUCAGUGUCCCUUUGGGGACUGUAUCUUAGUACACUAUUCCUGUACAUGACAACAUGUGCUCUUGACAUCUUUGACAGCGUAAGUAGUUUUAUCAUUAAAAUAAUUGUUAACAUGCAGUCGUGGGAUGUGAGGCUCCAAACUUUUCGUCGUUGGUUCUGCUUUAGCUAUGUCUGUGAGAGACAAACAGACUAAACGAGAUUGUCCAGAAAGAGAAACGGUCUUACCUAAUAAUAGCCUCCAGUAGAAAAAAAGAAAAAAAAAAGAAAGAGGGUGCUGGACAAUGGGUGGCACAGUUAAAUAGAGGGGUACAGAACGACUGGGCUCAUCUCUGAUCUGUCCGUCCUGCCUCUGUCACGCGUGUUGCUCUCUUCUUCUGUCUUAGACACUGCUCAUCCAGAGAAACCUCAUCAGCAGGAUGCCUGAGCAUGUACAAGAGAGAAAAUCAAAAAUAUCAGCCUCGAGGAAGCUGAUGCUGAAGAGCCUGAUGGUGGCAAAGGCCAAGGAGGAACUGGAGCAGGAGGUUCUUGUCAAAGAAGAAGAAAAACAGAAGUACCUUGCAGAGAAAGCGCCUCCUCUGAACACCGGUGGUUUCAGUCUUGCUCAACUUCAGGAUCUCUGUAGAGAGCUCCACGCAAAGAUCGAUGUGGUUGAUGAGGAACGAUAUGACAUCGAGGCCAAAGUCAUGCUUAACACACGCGAGAUUAAAGACCUAAACAUCAAAGUUCUAGACCUCAGGGGGAAAUUCAAGAGGCCUAAUCUUAGACGCGUUCGAGUCUCUGCUGACGCCAUCCUUCGCUCGCUGCUGGGCUCCAAGCACAAAGUGUCCAUGGAUCUUCGAGCUAAUCUCAAGUCUGUCAAGAAAGAAGACACUGAGAAGAAGAGGCCAGUGGAGGACAGCGACUGGAGGAAGAAUGUGGAGGCCAUGUCUGGGAUGGAGGGGAGGAAGAAGAUGUUUGAUGCUGCUAAAGGCUCGGCUCAGUGAAGACGGAAAGAUGCCGGCCUUCUUAAUCGCUGUUGUUGAUCUGCUGCUGUUUGGUGUUGCCUAUUUCGUCUUCUUCUAUCCACUCAUCAAGCUUUUGGUUUUGAUUUGCAUUUAGUUUUGUGUUUUAGGGGGUUUUCCUGCAAUGGAAAUUUUCCAACUAAUAUGUUUAAAAAUGAAAUGAAAAUUGUGUUUUUAAAAAAUAUGCACCACAUUCAAAUGAAGGCUAGUGAUCAAGCAAAUUGAACUGCAUGUUUGAUGUGGUUUCUUCAUAACUAUAUCUGUAUGCGGUGGGUUUGUGAGCUGUAACACCAUGUUUUAAAGGAAUAAAAAAAU